AUGCACACACAUCACUACUCGAUUCUCUUUUCGCUUCCAAAUCUGAAGAAAGUCCGUCCAACGGAAGCUGCUCCUGAUACAAUUCUUACCGAUCUGCCAGUUCAGAUAGCGGAUCUGCCCUAUUUUGGUCGAUUUUGUGUUUCAGGUUGGUAA